AUGUUGAUCCAGGAAUCUUACGUCGAUGUGCCCACCACGGCCGAUGGCCAGGGCAAGAUGCGCAUCUAUGUCUUCCACCCCGCUAUUCCCGGUUACCCCAACGCCCGAUUCCCUGGAGUUGUUGUCUUCAGCGAGAUCUAUCAAGUGACUGGUCCCGUGGCACGCUUCGCCCGCCAAAUUGCAGGCCAGGGCUACAUCUGUGCGGCCCCUUCAAGCUAUCACGAAUUCACUGGCCCAGAAGCUCUGAAGUACGACGCCGAAGACACGGACAAGGGAAACGCAUGGAAGAUUGGCAAGAAACUCGCGGCCUAUGACGAAGACGCUAGUCUCAGUGUGGAUUAUCUGGUUUCGCUGCCCACCUGCAAUGGUCGUGUUGGUGCCACGGGCAUGUGCCUUGGUGGGCAUCUGGCCUAUCGCUGUGCGCUCGAUGCGCGCGUGAAGGCUUCCGUGUGCUACUUUGCUACGGAUAUCCACAGCAAGACCCUCGCCUUGGGUAAGAAUGAUGACAGUCUGGAGCGGGCUGGUGACAUCAAGGGUGAGAUGUUGAUGAUCUUCGGCAAGAACGAUAACCACGUCCCACCUGAGGGACGGGACCUCAUUCGCAAGACCCUGCAUGACAAGGGUGUCUUGUUUGGCUUCUAUGAGGUCGCUUGGGCACAGCAUGCCUUUAUCCGCGAUGAGCUCAGCAAGGGCCGAUACGAUCCGGCUAUUACCAAGGUCUGCUUCGAGAUGCUGCUCGAGCUGUUUGGUCGCACUCUGAAGCUGGACCUAGGUGAGCACGAUGGUAAGGAGCAGGUUAUUGAGGAUGUUUGUUAA